AUGGCUACCCCUAGUGUCCUCGCUUUCGACGCUGAGGGUCGCGCCAUUGACUUUGAGUGGGCCACGCGCGAUGCUGCUGCACGUCUUGCUGUGCGUCGCCACCUCCCUACCUCUGAGCGUGCGCACUUUAGUCAGUACAAGAGUGCUCAGACCUUGUACGACGCUAUAGUUGCACGCUACUCCUCCCCUGCCACUGCUGCACUAAGCCGCCUCAUGCUACCCUUCCUCUUCCUUGACCUUGCCGCCUUUCCCACUGUCGCUGAUCUCAUUACGCACCUCCGCACUAGUGACACCCGCUACCGCGCUGCGCUUCCUGCUGACUUCUGCGCCAAGAACCCCCCCCCCAUGUACAUCACUCUCUACUUUCUAGUCACCAGCCUCCCUGACUCCCUUCGUGUAGUCCGGGACCACUUUCUCGCGGUCUGUCCCACCACUCUCACAGUCGACAGCCUAGAGAAGGCUCUCCUAGCGGCGGAGAAGAGCAUCGUCGCUGUAGGAGCUUCUCAAGUGCGGCGUCUGCCCCUAGCGGGAGACGCCGCCCUGGCAAGGGCAAGGGGGGCAAGGGAGCGGGUGGGGCUAGCGGGGGCGGUGGCGGUGGAGGUGGAGGCGGCGGAGGGAGUGGGAGUGGCGGUGGAGGAGGUGGCGGGGGUGCGGGUGCUAGUGGUAGCAAUGGAGGCGGAGGCGGCGUCGGUGGCGGCGGUACUGGCGGAGGUGGCGGCGGUGGCGGAGGUGGAGGAGGUGGAGGUGGAGGUGGUGGAGGUGGUCGGAAGUGGCACUUCACAGCGGAGCGGCACUGGGGGUGGUCAGCGCCAGCAGCACCAGCAGCGUUCUCGCGACGUCCCCACCCCUCAGCAGCUCCGUGAGUGGUACACGCAGCGUCAGCGUGGUGGGGGACUUGGUCCCUGCACCUACGUCCUUCGCACCAGCGACCGCGGCGGAUGUUUUCCGCCCGACCCGGGCAUUGAGACUGUUGCUCUAGGUACUGGUGAGGCUGCUGCCCUAGGUGCUUGCGACGCUGCUGCUCUAGGUGCUGGUGUGUCUGCGUCCUCAGGUACUGGUGAGUCUGCGCUCUCAGGUACUACGUCGGCUUCGGCCUCCCACACCUUCACCCUUGACUCUGGGGCGUCUCGCUCCUUCUUUCGGGAUUGCACCACACUCAACGCCGCUUAG